GAGCGGGGGGCAAUCCAGGGGCAGUAGCUGUGGGCGGGUGUGGGAAGGAGAUUGCGGGUGGGUGUGUGGUGUGCUUCGGGGGUGUGACGGGCAGGUGCUCGCUCACGUAGCCGCCUGGCGGAGGCGCUUUUACCAUUUUCCCCCUUCAUUCAUUUUUUUUGCAGGUUUCCCUGAGCAGCCCUAGCAGAGUUCAGCCAGCCACCCCCCGCCACACGCAGGUGCAGGGCCUACGAUGCUGCCCCCCGCACUUCUGCAUAGGGCAGUGCCUGCCCGCCUACUCCUGGACCCUGGUUGCGCCCGAUGGCUCAGCCUGUCAUGCCCGAGGCAGGUCAUGCCAGCCUGGGUGAUCAACUGCUACGGGCAGAACAAUGUGCUGCAGUUGGCCAGUAACAUGAUGCUCCCCUUCAUCCGCCUCCCCAACGAGGUCAUCAUUCGUGUCCACGCCGCCAGCCUCAAUCCUAUUGAUGUUAACAUGAGAAGUGGUUAUGGAGCAACUGCUUUAAAUAUAAGACGGGAUCCUCUGAAAAUCAAAACCACGGGAGAUGAGUUCCCACUAACACUUGGUCGAGAUGUCUCUGGUGUAGUUAUGGAAUGUGGACUCAGUGUGUCCUAUUUCAAACCUGGUGAUGAGGUAUGGGCAGCAAUUCCUCCAUGGAAACAAGGCACUUUAUCAGAGUUUGUUGUAGCUAGUGGAAAUGAGGUGUCUUUCAAACCCAAGAGUCUCAGUCACACAGAAGCUGCUGCCUUGCCAUAUGUUGGCCUUACAGCAUGGUCUGCAAUGAACCAAAUUGGGGGAUUGAACCAGAACAACUGUGCUGGGAAACGAAUAUUAAUCUUAGGAGCAUCUGGAGGAGUUGGUACCUUUGCUAUACAGUUAAUGAAGGCCUGGGGUGCUCAUGUAACAGCAGUUUGUUCUCGGGAUGCCAAAUCACUAGUGACGAAGCUUGGAGCAGAUGAUGUAAUUGAUUACAAGUCUGGAGACACAGAAGAGCAACUGAAACCGCUUCCCUUGUUUGAUUUCAUCCUAGAUAAUGUUGGUGGAUCCACUGAGAAAUGGGCUCUAAAUUUCCUCAAGAGAUGGUCAGGAGCUACAUAUGUCACUUUGGUAACGCCCUUUCUACUGAAUAUGGAUAGACUUGGUGUAGCAGAUGGCAUGUUACAAACAGGAAUCACUAUGGGUACUAAAGCUGUGAAGCACCUCUGUAAAGGAGUUCAUUAUCGAUGGGCGUUUUUCACGCCAAGUGGCGUAUUUUUGGAUGAAAUAGCGCAACUGGUUGAUUCAGGAAAGAUGGUGCAUCCUGCUCAUGCUGUUAAUGAGAAUGCUCUGUGAUUAUAUUAUGAGAUUUCUCUGAGCAGAGCUUACACAAAACUUACACUCUCCAUGGAGGUGUUGGGCUCUUUUGGAAUAUCUGCAUUUGCGUGAACCUUGAUUAGAGCUGUCAACAGAUGGAUGGCUCUUAGUCAACUGUGUUGCUCUCUGGCUUGAUGUAAUUGUGUAUUGUGGUAAAGGAGCACUGAUGUUCAAGCUGCUAAACCUGGUGGGGUCCGUUUUCUCGGCACCUGCCCCUGGGAGUGGGUUAGGCGUGGCAGGAGAGAGGAUUCUCUCAUUAGGAGAGGUUUCCUUCUAUUGAAAAAGCUAAUUCAGGAAGAAGGCGAUGUGAACAUGAGGUGCAGCUGCCAAAACUGCUUUGCCUUCUUUUUAUGUGAGAUUUAUCACAGUGGUCAGAUUAAAUUUACAGGACAAGUGAGUAAGAUAGAGUGUGUCUGACAGCAGCUUUCCAGUAUCUGCUAUGAAAGAACUCCAUGAGAUGUGUACACUGUGCUGAUUAAAGCCUUUCUCUGACGGUUUAAUGCUUUAAACUGAACCCAGCACCGUCUGGGUUUCUUCUGAGGAGGAGAAUUUGGCUUAGCUUGGUAAAGACAAUGCUUCUGUGGCUUGAGUCCCCUUUUCAUUGUGUGGAUCCCAUUCCAGAUCUUAUUGGUGACCCGCAGACCAUAAUGACUCAUAACCAUGCUACAGUUGGGGAAGUUUUAACUGUGAUUUAGCUGCUGGCAUUAUGUUUUUUGUGUGGUACUUGCCCUAGAUUAUCAUGGGCUGUUAUGGUGGUGUUACAGGUAUCUGUAAAUCAUUUUUUUUUUUUAAUGUAACAUUACUCUUAGUCCUAGAUGACAAGGUAACAACCCAAAUUAAUUAAGCUUUUCUAUUGAGAAACUAAGCUAUAAAGAGGUUGUCACAUAUCCAGGAUCUGAAAGGAAAUAAAACCUGGACCAGAAUCAAGUACUUUUGCCUCCCAUUCCUAGGUCGUAACCACCAGAGCAUUCUGCCUUUCUGUGCAUGCACAUAUGUAUGCAUGUGUGCGUGUGUGAAUGAAUUUGAUCAUUUUUUGUAGGCAGUUCUAAAGUGCUAACAAGUUCUAGGCCAGGGUUGUAACCAUCAGAGCAAUCCUAGAUCUAGGAUGUUUUGUACUUCUAUUCAUGCAAUAUUCAGAUUCUGGGGUACCUAAGCUUCUGUUGAAAAUUCCUGAUUUGUGAGGCCACCCUUGAAUGCAUGACCAGAAUAAUCUGGCAGGUGGCAUAUUUUUGGAUUUGUCUGCAACUUCAAAUAUCCAAGAGGGGUGA